GUUGGUUAGUGUUGGUUUGUAGGGGGAGCCCAUCAGAGCAUCUCAGUACAGUCGGACACACAGGAAUCCGGCUCCACUAAUAUCAGAUGCAACUUCCAGCCUGCUAGUGGGAUAUAAGAAGAAAGCACAACAAUUCCAGAUACACUGCAUUGUUCUUCAAACAAAGAGAGGUGUGAUGGAUUAUAAUGCAGGGCUAAAAUGCUUCUGGACGCUGAUGUGUCACCUGGGCGCCACAACAUGCACACUUGCCACAGCAGGUGCAUAUACAGGCGAGGGAGCUUUGUGUGUGCCUGUGGGCCUCUGAAGGACACCUCUAAACAUACCUGUAUGAAUACUGUUAUAAAGUAUUCACGACAUUGUGACCAGAGAGUGAAUUUAUUUUUUGCCUGGGACGUGUUUUUGCUCUAAGUGCUGACUGCUCAGAUCACUAUUGGACUGAAAUAUGAGCUUUUAUUUGGGCCAGAAGACUGCAAGAGCACCAUUUUGUUCUUCAUUUUCAUAAUUAAGGUCUUUUAUUAGACGAACUGUCCCACUGGGUAUUGGGACUCUGGACACUGUGGCAGCGUUUUAUUUCUUAGAUUUUUUUUUCCAGUUUUACUUUCUGUUGGGCUCAUUGUUUCCGGGUAGCCUUCCAUUGUCCCCUCACUUGUUUUCUGUUUAGACUCCCUCAUGUUGAAUCAUGCAUUGAUGUUCACUCAUCACUCGAAUGCAUUGAAACACAUGCCUUGUGACUAAGAAAAAGUAUAACUGUAAUAAGUCAGUUAACUGGGCUUUCUGCAUCAGUGACUGGGCUUUUGCUGCUGUUUAUCUUUCUUUUUUUUAAUGAAACAUGGGGCUUCUUAGAGAUUUGCACUGAAAGAGCUUUGCUAUCACUUGAUUUUUCCUUUCUCUACCAAAAUCUUGUCACAUCCAAGCCAUAUAAAUUUAUUUUUGAUGGAACUAUAAAUAUUUUUUAUAUCACAGUUUAGUCAUAUCAUAUAUUGUAUAUGUAUUUUUUUAAAUAUAAGGGCAUAGCACAGACAUACAAAUCAAAGGCACCUGCACUGUGUUGGGUCGCAUUCUGUUUUUUUGCAAAAUUUAGAAACUCACUAGAUUUCUAAGCUUGUCAUAUUUCAACGUCGUUUGCUUCCAUUUCCUUUUUUUUUCACACCAUUAAUUGACAAAGCUGCUUUCAAACGGUUACUUUUAUCAUGACAAAAUAUUCCUCCUGUAGCUGGGCAGACGGACAGAGGUCCCUGCCUCUUUGACCCUGUUUUAACAUUCGGACCUCUCCCCAAUGCCUGCGGGUCUCAGUGUGGGCGGGGCUCUGGGAGACCCCUCCCCUUCCCACCCAUUCCGCCCCAGCCGCUAUGUGCCUGUCUCUGCGGCAACAGCCUUCCUGGUUGGGGCCACGACACUCUUCCUAUGCUUCACUUGUCCUUGGCUAGCUGAGCGUUUUUCCUCUUCUAUUCCGCUCUACAACACUGUGGUCUUCCUCUUCACGCUGGCCAACUUUUGCAUGGCCACGUUUAUGGACCCAGGCAUCUUCCCCAGAGCUGAGGAAGAUGAAGACAAGGAGGAUGAUUUCCGGGCUCCGCUGUACAAGACAGUGGAGGUGAGGGGAAUUCAGGUGCGCAUGAAGUGGUGUUCCACUUGCCGCUUCUACAGACCACCCCGAUGCUCACACUGCUCUGUGUGUGACAACUGUGUAGAGGAGUUUGACCAUCACUGUCCGUGGGUGAAUAACUGCAUUGGGCGACGAAACUACCGUUAUUUCUUCCUGUUUCUACUCUCUCUCACUACUCACAUUAUGGGAGUGUUUGGAUUCAGCCUACUUUACAUCCUCAACCACACUAAACAGCUGGAUGAAGUUCACUCUGGAGUCACUAUGGCAGUGAUGUGUAUAGCUGGCCUGUUCUUUGUCCCCGUAGCAGGACUUACUGGGUUCCACAUUGUACUGGUGGCCAGAGGAAGAACUACCAAUGAACAGGUUACAGGAAAGUUCAGAGGUGGAGUCAACCCUUUCACACAUGGAUGUUGCAAAAACGUUUCUCAUGUGCUCUGUAGCUCCCAAGCCCCAAGGUAUGUGGGCCGGUUGCGGGGAAGUAAGUCACUUCAGGUCCAACCUCCAUUUCUGCGGCCUCAGCUGUCUGAAGCGCAACUUGCUGCUAAAGUUCUGGACAAUGGCAUCCAGCAGUCUAAGAGCAGUCUAGAGGCCAUGGAAAGUCAGUCUACAGAUGCUGAUCCUCCUCCACCUCCUAAACCGGAGCACAGAUACCAAGGGCUGCCUCACACACACAAUGAAGAGAGCAGCUUGCUGACUGAAGCACCACCCACACCUUCAUUAUAUAAAUACCGGCCAGCCUAUAGCAGUCCGGGAAAAAACCAUACAGCCUUAACACAUUCCAGCAAGAUGACUCGGGGGGACAGUAUGACGGAGUCCCCCUCGAUCCCACUCUCUACUGGCCAUCCCAGCUACCGCUCUGACCCCAGUCUGUCAGGCCGGGGCGGCGCAGGGUGGCGAUCGGGAGGGGGAGGGGAGGGGGGCAGAGCAGGCUCGGGAGGGCUGGGCGGAGCCUCCGUUCUGGGUGGGCGGUCUUACCCCUCCUUCACCGACACUCUCCUGCAGUCAGCAGCGGCCUCUUGCUCAUCCAGCAUCCGCUCGGCACACACGGCCCACAAUGCAUUGGGGCCGCUGCUCUCGGAGGGCACAACCUCAACCAGUUACAAGAGCUUGGCCAAUCAGACGCGGAAUGGCAGCCUGUCCUACGACAGUCUGCUGACACCCUCAGAGAGUCCGGAGUUUGAAUCGGCUGCUCAUGAGCUGUCUCCACCCAGACCACAAGCCCCGUCCUCACUUGGCACCGCCCCCUUAAUGGGUUACUCCUCCCCUUUCCUGUCCGCUCAGCAGAGGGAGGGCUCUCUCCAGGCCUGCCCUGCCCCUCUAAGACCCUCCUCCAACAGAGCUUUCCUGCGCCCCACAAGCCCGCCCCCUUCCCGAGCUCCUCCUCCUCUGUCUCCUCGUGCUCGCUCACUGGGCUCCCCUCCUCCUGGCCCCGCCCCCGGCAACACUCCUCUGGGCAAAUCAUUGUCCUACACAGGCGGAGCCGCCUUGCAGCAGCGGCCAACUAACACUGGGGGUGGGACUUCCAUGCCAAAGAUGACUCUGUCUCUGUGCUAAGCUCUACCAGUAGGCAAAGCCUGGCCAAUCACAGCACCCAUGCACACAAACCUGGGGGUGGGGUGAAGAAAGUGAGCGGUGUCGGUGGAACGACCUAUGAGAUUUCAGUAUGAAUGGUCAGCACCCGAUUCCCAGGAUUCACAUCGCAGGGCUUAACAGCUCUGCCUUGAGGAUGGAUCGAGAGCAGUUCAACCAGAUAAGCCAAAAAAAAAAGUACUAAAGCAAAUUUCACAAAAGACUUGAACAGGUAGUUUCAUCAGUCAACCAGACCCUGGUGGAAGAAUGCUAAGAAUCUGGACCAGUGAAGAUCCCUACAUGCUGUGGUUUCUUAACUUCCAUAUGGUACAUGAAUCUUCCCAAAUUCUGUUACAUAUUUAAAGAAUUACUUGUAUUACCAGUUUUAUACUGUGCAACUGUGAGAUCUCUGAAGGCUGGUGCCAUACAAGUCUGGAGUUGCUGACAAUGUUGGACAAAAUCAUGUGCGGUUCCAGCUAGUCGGAGGCCAGUGAUCGAUUGCUCAUUGACUCCUGUGGAAAUUGCAGAAGUCUCAGAAAUCAAACAAUUAGGUGUUUGAAACACUGAGGCAAGAGUACUUGAUCGCCCUACAGCCUCCACCUCUGGACAUUCACUUUUAUUUCUUAUUUCUUUUUUUUCUUAUUUCUUUAUUUCCAAAUAUAUUAUUUUAUACAGGUACAGAUACAUUAUAUUGUAAUAAUUAUUGAAUAUGUUUGAUAGGAAGCCAGCCAAUAAUAGUAGCAGGUAGGCACAUGAGGUUUGAGCGUUUUAGGGGUGGAGCUAUUUGAUAUAGUUGAUGGCUGCAUCAGCCAAUCAACACCCAAGCUGGAAUUAUCAGCCAAAGAGAUCUGGUCAAGGACCUUGUUUUGACAGACAGCACACUUGGCCUCUAGGAGUGAAUGUAACAUCUUCAGAGCACAAAACAUCUGUACAGUGAAGAUAUUUUGUGCACAGUGAACGGCUGUAUCUUUUGAUUUGGUCUGGCAGUCCCAGGAAGGUUAAAUUAUUGGCCAAAGGGGGCAUCUUGGCCCAAUGUUAGCAGAUAAUGAAUGUGCAGUACACCACUGAGAUGGGGGAUAGUGAUAAUGUAUUCUUUUAUUUUAUGUUCAUUGAUUUUGUUGUUUAUUUUUAUGGGCAGCAGUUACUGUUAAGAGCUGGAGUACAAGCAUUACUGCCCUUGAAGUUUGAAAGCUGUGCGUGAGUGAGAGAAUGAAAGAAAAAACUUGUUUAUUGGCAGGAUCAUUGAUGUCUCAAAAUCUUGUACAGGAGCACAUUCCAACUUUUACCCUGUUGAGAGAGUCUGCUAAGGUGUGUGUGUUGUGGAAGGAUAAGGGAAGUGGUUUUGAACGUUUAGCUUUGAGGUCUGAGGACCAGUGACUGGUCAAAGAUAUAGAGCUUAUGCAGUGACCCACAAAAGUAUUUUUAUUGAUACUCUAUUGUCAUUUCCACCAUGGCCUUAUGAAGCCUUUUUAACUGUAACUUAGGGUCUGAAGAUGUCUACCUGCACAUCCGCUGAGAGGAAAGACAUGGAAAAAUGGGAUGGAGUGGAAGAGUGAAAGAUGUAUUGAGUUCUAGGAGUGAAGUGCAGGCUUUUUCUACCCUUCUGUAUUCCUUUAAUGCUGGUGACACUGGGUCACGUGAGCCAACACAUUUCCAACAGAACAAUAAAUAAUACUGCAACAGU